AUGAACGAGAAUCAGCAAUGGCUCCCACUGGAUAAAGGAAUUGCCAAAAAAAAAGGAGCGCAGAAAGUGAACGAAGGAUCUGUACGUGAAAAAACCGAAUCACGUCAAGAGGAUCGCGAAAACAAAGGCCCAGUGAUAAGCACUGUUAAACCUAGUAAUCGUGGUCCCCGAUCUUCGGUACUUGAGGAGACCAAUAGUUUAACAAAACUUCGUAAACGCGGUGGAACUGUAACUGGUGGGAGCGCCAGUAGCGGAGGAUUAAAAAACCCAGAGACAAAUCGUCGAGCAGUGCGCGGUAGACGUGGUCGUCCAACCGAUGAAUCACGUCGAAAUGACCGGGAUCGUUUGAAUGCAACAGAAGACAAAGAACCAGCCCCAGAUCAAGAUCAUUUGAGAUCGGAGGACGAGGCUGAAACUGAAGAAGAAGAUUGCCCUGUUGAGGGAGGAGAAGAAGACCCUGAGAACGAGGAGAGCGGAGAAGAAUCUGAUUCAAAGCUUAAAACUCGGUUACGAUCCGCACGCCAAGAUACCGAGCUAGAGGAGAAAAAAGAGUUUAAACUAAACCUUAACCAAGACCAGGAGAAACAACAGGAUCUUGAGAAAAAAGUCCACCAGCCUGACAGUAACGUUAUUGCAAAGACUAGUUUGGCUGAUGUUAAACCUGAAGAAGACGAAAGUGAAUCACGUGAGCGGGAUAGAGAGCCCGAACCGCCACCUAGAAUUCCUGAUACUCUAGAUCCUGGGGGUGAUGAUAGUAAAAUAGAGAUUAGCAAUAGAGAUUCCAAUAAAACAAUAGAAGCUGUAACGAGUAAUAAAGAAGAAACUGUUGAUAAGCUUAACAGUGAUAUUGAAAAUUCAAGCAAUCCUAGUCAUAAGCAAGCCAGUGAACUGGUCGAGUGUACGAAUAAGGACGGCAGCGUGCUGGAGAGACUGAGUCCAUUGAACGCUGGGCCGGGGAGGCUGACCCUGCUCCACGACGAGCAGGAGCGUAGCCGGCACAACGAGAGUCCAGUUAUUCUUGCCGAAAGGAUAAACAAGCCUCCCGUGUCCUCUUCUGGAGGAUUGGUGCAUCCGCAUCACAAUAAUAAUCAUAAUCAUCUUCACCAGCAGCAGCAGCAGCAGCAGCUUCAUCAUCACCAAGAACACCAACAUCUUCAACAGUAUCAGCAUUUGCAUCCAAAGUACACUGCCAGUCCGGUGAUCCAUCGGCUGGACUCGGUGAGUCCUCACAGUCACCGCUCACCGUAUCCGAAUCAUCAUCAUCUUCACCAUCAGCAGCAGCUUCAUUAUCAACACCAAGGUGUCUUAGAUAUUGGUGAUAAGUCUAAUCAUAAUUUGGUCCAGCAUCAUCAUCAAUUGUCUUCAACCCGGCACGGCGAUGAUGCCGGUAGUAUCAUGGAGAUGGAGACCGGUGGGAACGGUGCUGCCGUUGGAGGGUUCCCUGGUGUAUCAGGUGUCGCCAGUGGCGUCCGAGGCGCUACGACCUAUGGCGACAGCGGUUCAGAUAGCGGGAUAAGUUCGCUCAGGAGUGCCGGUUCCGGGGAUGAACGUAGUGGAAGCCGUAGCUCGGCUUUGAGCGCUGAAGAAACUACUGGCACAGCAACUACGACUAUUCCAGUUCCAGCGACAACAUCGGUAACUACUACAGUUCCACCGUCAUCAGGCUCAGGUGUUUCGACAACACCAGCUUGCAUUAGGCACGUAUACAGUGUCCAGCAUACCUCACUUAUGAUGGCACAUACCCCACAAUCCUCGGGUUCUACCAUCCCAGUUAGUGCUCCACCGGUUGGUUACCAAACUCCAGCUGCGCCUGCUAGUCAUCAUCAUCAUCAUCCCUCUGCGGAGAUGCUCUGGCGACCACCAAGAUAUCCCCCUCUGCCCCACUCGCUUCUUGCUCCAGGUCAACCUAUGCCUUCUGAGGAGCUG